AGAACCGGACGUGGCUUUUGCCAGCAUGCACUCCAGUGCGCUUGACGCCCGAUCCAGCCAGGCGCCUGCGGUCGAAAAAAAAAAAGUCUCGUGAAGUGGGCGGGUUGAACUGAGGACGCGCGUGGACGCUACCAGCGAGUUUUUGGGAGGACGUCGGUCACGCAGGACGUCACAUUGAAACAUCCCGAAGUGUGUGUCUUUCAUUCCGCUACAAGCUGCCCACGCACACGCACAUCCCGGCCAAGUGAACCAUGAGAACGCACGUAUGGAUUUACCAGGCGCUGGUGUGCGCGCUGCUCAGCAUGCUGGAUGCAGGUGACUGCCGAAAGAGCCGACAGUCUUUGCAGCGCUACGAAAAGUCCGAAAACCACCUGCUGGUCUGUGCCAAAUGCCCGCAGUCGCCCGUGGUGCGCAACAGUCGCUCGCAGGAACACUGCGCCCGCAAGUGCAAGAAAGUCAAGAAGCACUUCAACUGCAGGGCCUUCAACUUCCACAAACACAACAGGAAAUGCCACUUGCUCCCCUUUGACCGGUUCAGCCACGGCGCGCAGAAGCAGCCCAGCGCCAACUUCACGCUGUACGAAAAGAAAGAUUACAUAAGGGAGUGUGUCAUGGGACCCAAGGACAACUACAGAGGGAGGAGGUCUUGGACCAAGUCGAACAUAACAUGUCAAGCCUGGUCUGAUAAUAACAUCAAUGAACACACGUUUUACCCCGAUAGAUACCCAACGCAGGAUUUGAGGGAGAACUUCUGCCGGAAUCCCAACAACGACCCCGGUGGUCCGUGGUGCUACACCACCGAUCCUAAUGUGCGGGCUGAGGAGUGCGGGGUGCCGCGGUGUUCGGAGGACGUCUGCGUGGCGUGCAACGGCGAGCAAUACCGAGGCAAAGUGGACCAAACCGAGAGCGGCAAGGAGUGCCAGAGAUGGGACUCGACCCGGCCCCACAAGCAUACCUUCCAGCCCAAAAAGUACAAGGACAAAGGCUUGGCGGACAACUACUGUCGCAACCCGGACAAUCGUCUUCGACCGUGGUGCUACACCAUGGAUCCAAAGACUCCCUGGGAAUACUGCAACAUCACCACGUGUGAAUCCGACUCCAGCGGGGAUCCAGAUGUGAACGCGACGACGUGGUGCGUCCGGGGAAAGGGUCAAGACUACCGCGGCACCAUGAACGUAACUCCCGAAGGGGUGACGUGUCAGCGCUGGGACUCGCAGUUCCCCCACCUGCACUUCUUUCUUCCAGACAACUUCAAAUGCAAGGACCUGCGUGACAACUUCUGUCGCAACCCGGAUGGGUCCGAGUACCCCUGGUGCUUCACCAGCGAGCCCAACCAGCGCAGAGCCAACUGCACGCACAUCCCCAGGUGUGGCGUCCAGGCAUCCAAGAAAACCGAGUGUUACGAGGACAACGGGGAGGCAUACCGGGGCACCUUAAGCAUCACUCGCUCCGGGAUUCCUUGCGCCAACUGGUCCCUUCACAUCAACAGCGGGGAUUCUCACUCUACACUAUCCCAUGUAGGGCUGGACAAGAACUACUGCCGCAACCCGGACCGAGACAAACACGGCCCCUGGUGCUACACUGACCCGAACACUCGCCUGGCUUGGGACUACUGCAAACUGAAGCACUGUGAUUCCACGACACCCGUGCCUCCAAACGCGACGCAAACGCCACCUGCUCCGGCCCCAACCGUCCCCAAGAUCUCGUGCUUCGUUCACAUCACCACUCGCAUCGUCGGGGGCCAGCAAGUGCGAGGAACGGAUGGCAGCUGGGUCGUCAGCAUCCAGAGAGAGAAGAUCCAUUUAUGUGGAGGGUCUUUGAUCCGAGAAGAUUGGGUGUUGACGGACCAGCAGUGCUUCACAUCCUGCGUUCCCGACCUGAGGGAGUACAGCGUGCAGGUGGGCCUGCGCCACCUGAACGAGUCGUCGCGUCACCCCAGGCUCGGAAUUUCUCGCCUUAUCUGCGGCCCGGAGGGAUCCAACCUGGUCAUGCUGAAACUGGCCAACCCCGCGCCCGUGUCCGAGGGCGCCACCACCAUCCAUCUCCCCGUCCAAGAAUGCCACAUCACCGAGGGCACCAACUGCACCAUGUACGGAUGGGGCGAAACCAGAGAUAGGGAACGGGAGCGGGCGCUGAACGUCGUGACCAUGCCGAUUGUGGACGACGACAAGUGCUCCCGGAUCAAAGGGGACGCCGGAGAGAGCAGGAUAUGUGCUGGAGGCAAGAGAGGAGAAGGCGUGUGCGAAAAAGACAACGGUGGUCCGCUCGUGUGCCAGAAGCAGGAGCGCCGCGUUGUGAUGGGCGUGAGCAUCCAGCGCACCAAGUGCGCGUCGUCGCGGCCGGCGCUCUUUGUCAACGUGGCGUUCUACUCGCAGUGGAUUUACAAAGUCUUUAAGCUUUACCCCAGCCCCGACACGAACUGACAGACCAGGGCCGGAAAAAAAAAAAGGAGGAUGUUUUUUUUUUUUUUUCUUCAGGGAAAAAAAAAUUGCAGACGACCAAAUGGAAUCUCCACUAUGCAAAUGAAGAUUGAGUGAAGCGAAGCGUGACUAAGAAUCGUCUCCUGGAAUUUACUUGAAUACUUGGAUGGUGGCCCGUGAAGGACAAGAAGCUUGGGCGGGCGAUCAAAUGCUGCUUUCAUGCUCCGAUCCGAGGUCUCGUGCUAAUGCUUGUAGCAUGAGCGAGCGGCGGCUCUCGCCAAGGCAAACACGCCUCUGCGUUUUUGGAGGGAACCGCCGUGGCCCCUGGCGGGCUGUGUGCGGUCACUCGGAUAUUUUUUUUUCCUCUUUCACGCAAAGUGGAGCUCUAUGUACAUAGCGGGGCGGAUUUUCGGACGCGAGUUUAUGGGUCUCAUAGAUCCCACUCCCCUUCCCAUCACUUCUUCGCGCCGCUGAUGGUGUUUGAUAUAUUUAAAAGAAAGAGGUAGCUUGGCUGUAUUUAUUGUCGACUGCAGUCCAAAUGGUUUUGGAAUUAAUUAAGACCAGAUGAGCACAAAAAAAAAAAAAAGAAUCUGCAGCCUGAUGGUUUGCUGUUAAAAUGAAGUCAUUUCUGGCUCGAGGCUGUGUCAGUUGGAUGAUUAUUCAUCCUAUUUUGGUAAAGCUUUGGACCCUUUGCUUCACCACAUCUGGAUCAGAACAAAAA